UGCGCACAGUACUCAGAAGGCCUUUGAAAUAUCGUGUGCAGCUGUGAAGACCAACCAUUCAUCUCAGCAGGAAUUUUUUUUUUAUAUAUGGCAUUAAAACUGUGGCACGUUAAGUUAAGGAAAAUCCCAGUUGCACAUCAAGAAAGACUAUUUGCAUGAAACUGUUUCAGUUACUGUGGGGCCAGGCACCAAUGCUGCUCAGCAGGAACCGGGAAUAAUACCAAUGCAUAGAGUCAAACUGAGCCAAGGUACAAAUUGGAGAUGGCAGAAAUGCCCAUUCCUAUAGAGACACAAGAGCAUGAGGAAAUUGAUGGUCAUUCCAGAUACCAGCACUGUGCCCAGUCAGGAGAUAAUUUCUCUCUCCAACUUGGGUUGAACCUCACUGUAACAGUGUGAUACCAGUUCAAACCUUGGCAACUCAAGUGAUCUCAUCUGAAAUGUUGUCCUACACCCAUUGAUGGAUUUUGUAAAUCUUGUUACAGGUUGAGAAUGAGAAGGAAUUUAUCUCCAAGACUCUCAAACACGGCACACCAGUUUUGCUGUCUCUGACUAGAUACUUAAGAAGUGGAGCAAGAGAUUCAAUAGACCAUCUGUCCUUCACAGACUGUGGGGAGGGAUUCACUCGGUCCUUUGGCCAACUGGCAUGUCUGUCAUUUUACGCAGGGGAAAGGCUGUUCACCUGCUCAGACAGUGGGAACGGAUUGACUCGGUUAUCUCGAUUGAAGGUACAUCAGCAAGUUCACACUGGGUAAGGCCAUUCACCUGUUCCGUGUGUGGGAAGGGAUUCAGUCAGUCUUCCCACCUGUGCACACACCAGUCAGUUCAUAACACACCAGGCAGAGGCUGGUCAUCUGCUGAACUUCUGGGAAAGGAUCCACUCAGUCAUCUAACCUAAUGGCUCAUCAGCGAGUUCACACUGGGGAUAAGCCGUUCACCUGCUCAGAUUGUGGGAAGAGAUUCAUUCAUUCAUCCAGCCUACAGAGACAUCAGCGAGUUCACACUGGGGAGAGGCCAUUCACCUGCUCAGACUGUGGGAAGAGAUUCACUCAUUCAUCCACCCUACUGAGUCACCAGCGAGUUCACACUGGGGAGAGGCCAAUCACCUGCUCAGAAUGUGGGAAGGGAUUCAUUGAUUCAUCCAGCCUACAGAGACAUCAGCGAGUUCACACUGGGGAGAGGCCAUUCACCUGCUCAGAAUGUGGGAAGGGAUUCACUCAGUUAUCCAACCUACUGAGUCAUCAGCGAGUUCACACUGGAGAGAGGCCAUUCGCCUGCUCAGACUGUGGGAAGAGAUUCACUCAUUCAUCCACCGUACUGAGUCAUCAGCGAGUUCACACUGGGGAGAGGCCGUUCAUCUGCUCAGUCUGUGGGAAGAGAUUCACUCGGUCAUCCGAACUACAGAGUCACCAACGAGUUCACAUUAGGGAGAAGCCGUUCACUUGUUCAUUCUGUGGGAAGGGAUUCACUAAGUCAUCCACACUACAGAGUCACCAGCGAGUUCACACUGGAGAGAGGCCGUUCACCUGCUCAGUCUGUGGGAAGAGAUUCACUCAGUCAUCCAACCUACAGACUCAUCAGCGAGUUCACACUGGGGAGAAGCCGUUUACCUGCUCAGAAUGCGGGAAGAGAUUCACUCGCUCUUCCACCCUACAGAGACAUCAGCAAGUUCACACCGGAGAGAAGCCGUUCAUCUGUUCAUAAUUUGGGAAAGGAUUCACUCAGUCAUCCCAACUACUGGCACACCAGUCAGUUCACAAUGGGGAGUGGUCGUUAUUAUGAAUCCCUAGGUUUUGCUUGCUGUGGACUGUCAUUUUAAGAGAGAGAGACAGAAAUUAGGAUGGUGAGUCAGUCUGACUUGCAGGUUGUUUAAUUUGCUCACAGCUUGUUUAGUUUUAACUGAGGACAGAGACACUCAGACGGAGAGGAAGGAGGAUAAGUGGAAGGAUCGGAACCGGGGAACUAGUGGCUGAGGGUCACUGUUUGGAACUUUCCUGUGACCACAAGGGUGGGUUAAUUAUCGAUUCACCAUAUAUCGAAUGUGUGGUUAUCACCUCGUUUGAUCCAUAGGUGUGGAUCGGAUUUGGCGUAUCCUGUGAAGACCACUUAUGUGUUAACCCUUGUCUGGGUUUGAUGUGAUAAUUCACUUGAAGAUGAUACCCCUUGUGACAAGUCACUUUCAGUGAUAAUUUGUAUGUGGAUUUGGAACGAUGAAGCAUAAAAUCUACAGCGACUGUUGUCUCGUUUUACCACAGUGGAGCCUGUGGAAUUCGACAUAAUUGCCUUCUCUCGCCAUUUACCCUGGAUUACAAAUAUCUCUCUCAUCACCUAUUCUGUGGUUAUACUGAACUUUCAUACUCUAACACAUCAAGACUUGAAGCCUUGUUUCCCCCAAGCUUAAUAGUUUGGAAGUUAUAUUUACACACAUAUAUACACAUAACUUCUGAUUUUCUUGCUUAAGUUACUGUAUUAUAACUAGAUUCUAAUAAAGAUCCUUUUAUCAUCAAAAACAGUCUUCAGGUGUCGUCU